AUGUCGUUUACGUGUACACCAGGGCAAUUGGCAGCCCACGUGAUUGCGUCUUUGGCGGUGCUGGACGCCGUGUCGCUUUCUGCUCUUUGGCAAAUAGCUGCUGCAAAAUCCACUUCUGCUGCUUUGGAUAACCUCCAAAAGAACAUCAUAUGGGCUUCGCUUAUGGGCGCUUCGCCAGGACUAAUAUCAGCCAAAACUGGGCCCAAUGGCUCAGAAGUGCUUCCCAUUGACGAAAACACCCCGUACGGAAAACUUCUCCUCCACGGAACCGAACUGGAGAUCUUCAUCGAGGCUACAGAGAAGUGUCAGUUUAGAUACUUGACAGGCACAGAGAACUACCAUUCGUUGAAGGUGAGUUUGGGUGAUUUCCCGUUUCGUUUGUUGAGGGUGAUUGCUCGUCAUGGCGCUGAAGGGAUUCUUAACCCAGACUUGGCUAGGGAGUCUGACCAGGAUGCACGUUCUAUUCGUCUAAGGCUUAUCAAGCUAGAACAGGCUGGGUUGAUCGUGACAAAGUCGGUUUAUGUGGAUAAAAAACAUACGACGCAUUCGUGGCAUACCAAGUUUGUCACUGCAAAGGUUCAGAAUGAUAACGAGACUGACGAUGAUUUGGAGGCUACUCGUGAUGUGGGUAAACUAAAAAGGUUGAUUGUGGAUGCUCUUCAGAAAGCGCCAAACCAGCUACGAGGCUUUUCGGAUUUGCGUAAAGAGCUUAAACUCGAUGGGUCGCUUCUGGCAUCGAAGUUCUUCCGUUCCGUCUGUAUCAGGCUACAUCGUGCUGGUUACGUUGAAAAGCUUAAUGUGGAACUUCCAGAAACAAAACAGCGUUUAUAUGCGCUUCGCUUUACGAAACCGCUUCCAAAGGACUUGGAGGAUUUAGAGAUGGACGAGGAUGACGGUAAUGAUAUGCAAGAUGAGUUUGACCAGGAGGAUGAAACACUGCCUGAAGAACAAGCAACUACACCAGUGCUCAAUAAAGUGUUUCCUCCAUUCACUCAGAUCUUCCAGCAUAUUUAUGAUAGAGGCGAGAAAGGUAUCACGUCAGGCGAGAUUGCAAAGGCCUUGCUUGGUACUUCUGACUACAGACCGUACAUUAGGCUUUUCGAGUUGCUACCAACCUACUUGAGCAAUGGAAAGACCCUUAAGCCAUGCAAGAAGUAUGUGGACCUUUAUGACGACUACACUGUGUCUAAGCUUUAUGAUAAUGAAGGUAAGCUUAGGUUCUACAGGUACUUCGUCAAGCAGUUCUGCAAGGAAGACAAACCAGCACCAAAAGUUCGUCCAAAGCCAAAGGCCUCCAAGGAUAACAUCGUCAAGUUGAACGAUAGGCUUCACUCUUCCCUCGGAAAGAUAUCCCACGAAGUACUUAUUGAGAAGAAGAGAAGGUCUCUACAGACCUCAGACCAACCGCCAGCCAAGAGGCCCAGGAUCGAAAAGAGACCGUCACUCGAAAUAGAGACUCCUCCAGUACCCGAAGAGAUAAUUGAUGCUCCUAGGCGAAGGCGCAGAACUGCCAAAGUGUCUUACAACUUCGAUGACCAAUUGUUGGACGAUGAAAACAACCUGGAAGACGACUACACCCCUCAACCCGAAGAAGACGGCGAAGCAGCAGAUUCUUCACCCGAGCCUUCCCCUUCAGAGGUAGCUCUGGCGGCAACUGAAGCUGCAGAUUCGUCAAAACCUACACUUUCAUCAACGAACUUACCUAAGUUUGUUCCCCAACCAAAGGAGCCCAAGAAGAGUCGAACAGUAUCCCAGGGCUAUAAGUCUGAGGGCUCUGCCAGGGCCGUACAAAGAAGACAGCAGUUGCUUGACAUCAUCAGACAAGAAGGAGGUGCAACAUAUAGUAGCUCGGUGUUGUGUCGUAAGAUCGACGAACGUAUGAAUAACCCACUGGUAACUGAUGUCAAGACGUUGGCUCGUGACGUGAUGUUCUGUGCAAAAAACAAAGACUUGGAGAUUCAGAAAGUUUCUAUUAACCUUGGGGAACAACAAGUGGAGAAGAAGUUACUUGUGCUUACAAAGCCAGAAGAAAGACCUACAGAAGAGAGAUUAGAGGAGUUACGUCAAGCAUAUGCUGCUCAGCAUUCGAGAAAGGAUAUCAAAGUGUUCCAAAAACGUCUUAUUCAGCUGGAUAUGAGAUUAUACAUCGAAAACCCAAAGACAAAGAAAGUUAGUUCGGGUACUGCCAAGAGAAGAGGAAAAAACAGAUUACCUGCCUUGGGUGAUACGGAACGUGAAAGCCUGGUCAAGGAUGAACCUACUGAGGGUGUUCUGAGGGAUGAAGGUGAUGCCCUUUCUAAUCUUAAACGGACCAGGAGACCAAGGAAGGUUGCCGCCCCGGGAUCGGCAGAUGGAACCCAAACCACGGGUAAAAGAGGUAGAAGAAACAUCAAGAUGGAGAAAUCUGAAGCCCUCAUGCUUUUCCGUGCUGUGGUUAUAUCCAAGACAUUUUCUCGUCUUGCCAUUGACUUUGAUGAGAUCGCUACUUUGUUUCCAGAUAAAGACGGCCAGAUUGUGAAACAGAAGUGGGGUACUGUCAGAAGACUGUUUGGUGGUGCUGACGUUGUAUCUCAAGGUGUGCUUACGUUUCAACAAAUGAUUAUCCAGGGCGUCGAAGAGGGCUCAAUUACCGAAGAAGAGCUUUCCCAUGGCGACUUAAAGUUCUUCCUUGAAUACUGGCGUGAAUACGACAACAAUUUUGAUUUACCUUCUUUCGACGAAAUGCCACUUUACAACAGCUGGGAAAGGAAUGCUAACGAGUACAAUUUUCCUAAAGAAGAGGUUCAGACUACAAGUCUUGCUGAAAAAAUCGAAGAUAUCUCGAUGCGCCAAAAAGAGUCUUUGCUCAGCCAAUCUGUCUUUGCUGAAGCUGACGAGCCGCUUAUCAAGGAAAAGAAACACGAAGACCUUCGCUCGAUCUUCAAGUCCAUCUUCCUGACCAGUGAGGAAAAACAGUAUACCAGCUUCGUCAACCGCUUGUUGGAGGAGCACGGAGAAACAGCCAUCAAAGAGGCUACCAAUGGUUUAACCAGUGACCGUGAAGUUCUUCUUGUUUCCAUGGAUGACACAUCUAAGUUCAUUCUUGGUGACAAGUUUAAGAAUGCGCUUGUCAACAGACUGUUAACCAAAGACUUCUUCAACCGUGCUGCCUCAUUCAAAGACGUUCUUGUGUCUCUUUCCACUGCCAAUAAAGGUCUUGUCUUGUCCCAGGGAGUACUUCCUGGUGAAAUGGCGUCGUUGUUGCAAUUGAUUUCUGACUACUCCGUGGACCUCCUUAGGGUAGAUCGUGAUUUGAAAUUCGACAGCUACGAGUCUCGUCUUAUUGACAAAGAGCAGUUGGCUUGUGAUCUUGUCUUGAAAUGUAACGUUGCCAAGGUUACUUCCAUGAUGCCAAAACCCGUAUCCAUUCCAUUUGAAGGACCCUGCCAGCCAAUCUGGUUCGAUGUCAAUGCCAACUUGAACAAACCAUUAUGGAUCAAAAUCAUCACCACUCUUUUGAACUACAUUGUAUUCAAACCAGGCGUUACCGAUGAGUACCUCUUUGGCAAGACACACGUGGUUCUUUCUGUCAAAAACUACAACUACAUCAUGAAGUGGCUUCUGGACACAGAGUGCGUCAAGCAAUUAUCCUCAGGCGGCUACCUUCCCACAGACAAGUGGCAGUACAUUCUUGGAUCUGGAAAACCAUAA